GGCAAUAACGCUGUCCACUUGUGGCUUGCGUGGUCCAAGCGCCCGUUCUAAUUCGCUUCCGAUUCCCGCGUCAUCUUUCACCAAACGGCCAAACGGUUAACGCAAAUAUAUACCACUCGGCGCCUGCACCCCUCCAUACAUUAUUGCCUACCAUUUCUGACUGAGACUACACAAUCGGCUCAAAUAUCGAAAAAUUGAACUCGCUUUCUCCUCUCCAUAUCUCACUAGACAGCUGCCAAAUACCCCGCAUGGCUUCUACUACCACCGCGACGCCCUCCACUACCGAAGCGGCGCCCAACGACCCCGGUCCCACGAGCCCACCACGACGGGGAGGACGAGGCAGAGGUCGCGGACGAGGGGCAUAUUCAGGGUCAGACAACGCACAUGAACCCUCGGGCUCAAGAGGGCGUGGAAGAGGCGGCAAUCAAUCAAGCCGCGGUCGGGGCCGUGGGGCUAGAGAAGGAGGAGGCCCUCGCGGCGGAAGAAUCCCAGAGAAGGGCAAGGCGCCACUCGUCACUACAGAGGGUGUUCAGGAAGCUCCGGUAUCUGCCUCAAGACCCGCUGCCACGGAGACGGAUGCCGAUGCGGAGGAAGGAGAGGUGUGCUUUAUCUGCGCCUCAUCCAUCCAGCAUAUCGCUGUUUCGCCUUGCAACCACCGGACCUGUCAUAUUUGUUCCUUGCGACUCCGAGCACUGUAUAAAACGAAGACGUGUGCGCAUUGCAGGACAGAAUCGGACCAUGUCAUAUUGACGGACGACCCAGAGAAGAACUAUGAGGACUUUGCGCCGGAAGAUUUCUUCAAGUCGGAUGACAAUCUAGGAAUACAUUUCGAGAAUCCCGAGAUAUUUGAGGACACCCGGUUGAUACUGCAAUAUAAUUGUCCGGAUAGCGAAUGCGAUGUUGCUUGCUUGGGUUGGCCAGACUUGCACCGCCAUGUCAAGACGGCGCAUGGCAAGGUUAUGUGCGAUCUUUGUACACGAAACAAGAAAGUCUUCACGCACGAGCACGAGCUCUUCACGUACGCUGAGCUUAGGAAGCACCAGAAGUUCGGCGACGAUAACCCAGGUGCAGUUGAUCAGAGUGGAUUCAAAGGCCAUCCCGACUGCGGUUUCUGCCGGCAGCGAUUCUAUGGAGACGACGAACUAUAUACACAUUGCAGAGACAAGCACGAACGCUGCCAUAUCUGCGACCGACACAGCGAGGGCAGGAAGCAGCAGUACUACGUGGACUACGAUUCUCUAGAGGUUCAUUUCCGCAAAGAUCAUUUCCUUUGCCCUGAUCGAGAGUGCUUGGAGAAGAAGUUCGUCGUGUUCGACUCCGAGAUGGAUUUGAAGGCACACCAGCUGGAAGUGCACCCCAACGGCCUCUCGAAGGAUGCUCUGCGGGACGCGCGAAGGGUAGACAUGUCGGGUUUCCAGAUCCGCUCGUCGCAUGAGCAGGAAUUUGGCGGACGGCGAGACGGUCGUGGACGGGAAGGGGGUAGGGGCAGGGGCCGAGGAAGAGACCCUAACGCAGAACCGCUACCUCCAUCCUCCGCUCAGCCGAUGAGCAGAGCCGAACUGGCGUAUCACCGUCAGAUGGCGUUGCAAAACCCACAACCAGGCACCGGACGAGCAUUCGGUGGCCAGCUCACGGCUGGACCUACACCCACUGAAGCAUUUACGGCUAGGCCUACACCGUCCGCGCCAGAGCCCACCACAGUAACUGCAUCUCGCCCCUCGGCUAGAGCAGCGAACAACGUCGCGGAGGGUGUGGCCCAGCUGAGCGUUGGCUCCCAACCAGCCAGCUCUGUAGCCCAGACGCCGCAGGAGCAAGCUCGACUUUUGCGGCAUAAUGCAGUGACGGAAAGAGCUUCGAACAUGCUCCGCAACGACCAACUAAAACUCCAAGAGUUCCGAAAUCAGAUAUCAGCUUACCGCAACUCCAAGGUGUCGGCCACGCAGCUCAUUGAAGGCUUCUUUGCUCUCUUUGACACAAGCUCAGCCGAGCUCGGUAAGCUCAUCAAGGAGCUUGCGGAUAUUUUUGAGAUACAGGCCAAGCGCGAAGGGUUGCUGAAGGCAUGGAGUGACUGGAAGGCGAUCAACGAGGACUAUCCGUCUCUUCCGGGAUCGGCGACAGCACAGUCCUUGAGUGGUGUUCUCGCGGCCCACGGCGGCUCAAGAGUGUUGAAGCUGAAGAGCUCUACGGCGCAAUCGUCGCGCUCAGCGGUGAACAGACAGGCAAGCUGGUCCACGGCCUCAUCGAACAGCCUGUUCCCUCCUCUGCCCGCCGCGUCAUCAGGUCGUGUAGGGGCGAAACCUGGGCAAGUGCCGUGGGCCACGUCGUCGUCAAGCAACCGUGUCUCGCCCAUGCCCUCCCGAGCCACAUCUUCUGCGGCGUUGAACAACACACAGAAGCUCACCGAGGCGUUCCCGGCACUCCCGGCAGCGCCAAAGCCGACGAGCACCAUCUUCAGCCCAGGAUAUUCUGGCGCAGGGCUUCGGCGGGAUCACAGCGGACGCAACACCCCUGUGAAUGCAUGGGGUGCGGGCGGGGGAAUCGGGUCGAGCAGCGCUGCGAACGGGCCGGCACCGGAGGAAGCAGGCGCUGGCGGGGGAGGAAAGAAGAAGGGCAACAAGAACAAGAAGCAGACGCUGUUCCACUUUGGCUAGCGAUGAGGUGCAUAUGUAGGGCCCUGCAGACAAAUAUCUUGGACUGCCUGAUUCGGCGUGCGGACUGUGGGAGUGUGGACGGCACCCCGGAACGGCGGUGGGCGGCAUUCAGGCAAUAUGUAGGGGUGCCGCUGGGGGAAUAUGGCGGCAGGAGGGUGGGUUGAUGUCGGCGUGAGAAGGGCAUUGAGCAGCGGUGGACAAGGUGGACAAGGUGGACAACACAGCGAUGGAAUAGCGGGUAGCGCGUGGACAGAUGUCCGAUAUAGACAAUAUUGCAGUCAACAGUGGGAGUGGGAGUGGGAGUGGGAGUGGGUUGCCGCUGCGAUGCCGACGGCGUCUCGUGCAGUGGGUGGCAUUGGGGGCUGCGAUGGC